AUGAGCUUCAGUGUCCCAACAGGGAAUUUUGGCGACAUUUUGGCCGGCUAUUACGCCAAGAGGAUGGGGCUGCCAGUGAAGCACUUGAUCUGCGCAACUAACGCGAACGACAUCCUCCAUCGCUUUUUCCAAUCAGGUACGUACGAGAAAUAUGCUGUGGUCCAAACGAACUCGCCCUCGAUGGACAUCGGCAUCAGCAGCAACUUCGAGAGGUAUCUGUUUUACCUGAUGGGCGAGGAUGCCGCCAGGCUGGCAGCUGCCAUGAAGUCCUUCAACCAGACAGGUAAGCUGCAGGUCGACGCACAGGAGCACCGCCGGGCCUGCCAGGACUUCGCCUCUGGCUGCGCCCAGGAGAAGGCGAUCAUGGACACCAUCAAGGCCUACGACACCAAGUUCAACUACGUGCUCGAUCCUCACACCGCCUGCGGCGUGUCGGCCUGCGAUCAGCUCCGUGGCAGCCUCAGCUGGGAUGGCCUGCAGAAGCACGAGAUGGUCGUGCUGGGCACGGCGCACCCCGGGAAGUUUGGCGACGCCGUCUCGAAGGCGACCGGCAGGGCCACCGUGCUGCCCCCCGGGCUGCAGCGGGUGCAGCACGCGCCCACGCGCUUCGAGGUGCGGCCGAACUCCCAGGCCGACGUGCGGGAGCUCAUCGUCAGCACGGUGGCCCAGAGAGAAGGCAAGCAGGCGGCCUGCCAGUGCUGGCUCGGCGCCCUGCGCGCGCUGCUGGGGCGGCCGCGCGCGUGA